AUGUUCGGGCUUUUCAGGAAAAGUAAACCCGUGAAAAUUAGGAGUUUUAAUGAAAACAGGAAGUAUGGAGUUGCAGCAAAAGACCUGAAGGAGCUGCUUAAAAAAGGCUGCAAGACAUUAAAGUUGCCACUUCCUGGUGCACAUGUUUGUUUGUAUUCUGAUGGGACAAAAGUGACGGAGGAAUUCUUCCAGACUCUGCCGGACCACACCGAACUCAUUCUUCUCUAUGGGGAGCAGACGUGGAGCGGGGUUGUGCAUGACAUCGGUGAGUUACUGGACACAGACCGACACGCCGACGCUAUCAUCAAAGCAGCGAAGGGGCUCCUGUCUGACGAGGAGUCUCCGAAGAGGCGUAAGAUCCUGAGUGACCUGCUGCUGAACCUGGACGACAGGUCUGAGCUGGAGAGCAGAGAGGAGGACGAGGAGUGGUUCAGAGGUGUCGAAGCUCGAUUCAAGACAAAGUCCGCCUACAUGAAGUUCAACUGUGAGAGCAGGAUACGAGGUUACAUGAAGGAGUUGGACGACGCAACCAAAACCAUCCAGAAAGCUAAAGUCAGGGCCGAGUUCUUGAAAACAUCAAAGAGCCUGGUGGAAAUGCUGAAAGCAGCCAGAUACAACGGCUCUUACUUUGACAGGACUGAGAAGGAGCCGGCUCGCCUCUGCACUCAGGAGGGAUGGUUCACCUGCCAGGGAUCAUUUGACCUGGACGUGUGCAAGUCCCUCCACUCCAUCAACCCAUACGGCAGCCGAGAGAGCAGGAUCGUCUUCAGCACCUGGAACCUGGACCACAGGAUAGAAAAGAAGAGGACGGUCAUUCCCGCUCUGCUGGACGCUCUGCAAAAUCACAAGGCAGCCGACGUCAACCUGACCUACUUCUACCGCCUGCUGUUCACCAGGGAAAACCUGAAGCUGGUUCACAUCGUGUGCCACAAGAAGGGAGCUCACAACCUGCAGUGUGACGCCAAGAAGGUUUUUAAACGAGCCAGCGACGCCAACAAGAGAAACCAGACGACCAAUGGCAAGAAGAGCCGCUUGAAGUGAAUAUUUUUUUAUGAAUUAAUUUGUAUGUACAGAAGCCGAGAAAAGGGCAUACUCACAAAUAUUUAUUUUUCAUCCUGUUAUCUCAAGAUAAAGCUAGACUUAACGAGAUAUUAUCAAGAGAAAAAUUAUUUUUUUGUUAUCCUGCAAUGAGAUAAUUAUCCUGUUAUAUCAAGAUAACGAGAUAUUAUCAGGAUAAAACGAUUUUUUAUUAUCCCGAAAUAAGGAGAUAAUUAUCCGGAGAAAAUGAUUUUGACUGAACCUCAUACAGUAAGUCGCAAUAACACUUCUCCUUAGCAACAAUCCUUAGCAACUCAUUAGCUGAUGAGGACUGAUCUGAUAUUGUUUGAAAAGUCAAGACAGUUUUGUGAUUUCUGCCCUUGACUGAAAUAUUCUCUGAUGAAUUAUAUAGAGAACUCAGUUAUGUUGAGAUAAUGGGAAAAUAAAUGGCCUCUCUCAGCUUCCGUGUGUAUGAGCUGUGA